AUGGAGCGUCUCGAGGAAGCAUUGCAUCUGUUCUCGAUUCUCGAGAGUGCUCAAUCUGUGCGGAGCCAUAUGGUGCAGGAACAGCACUCCGGCUACCCUGCGGUCAUGAGUUUCACCGUUAUUGCAUUGACCGUUGGCUGCUUAUGCGGUCGGGAACUUGUCCUCUUUGAUGCAUACAUCGUCUUCAUGGGCGUGCUCGCACUAGUUAUCCUGUAUCCAGCUGGCAAUUUAAAAGCGGUAGAUGUCUAUUUCUUUGGCGUCAGCGCUUCCACUGAAUCGGGCCUGAACACAGUCGAUGUCAAGGAGCUGUAUACAUACCAGCAACUGUAUAUCUAUUUCAUCCCUAUUUUCACCAAUCUAGGAUUUAUCAAUGCUGUUGUCGCGCUCAUUCGACUUUUUCUGUUCCGAAAGCAUCUUAAGCAAGUUGCACCGCGACUUCAAAAACCCCGACGCGCAAGGGCAAUCUCACCUGAUGCCAACGCUUGUGAGGUCAAGGCUGCCUACGACGACGGCGAUAAGGUUCAUGAUGCCAAUGACAUAGAGGGACAGGAAGACUCUGACCCGGAAGAGCGUGCUAACAGGAUUGUCCAUGAAAGGGCUCGGACUAUCACAUUCGACCCUUCGACGGAGAAACGCCAGAUAGGUGAUGAGACGCUUUACAUACCUGGGCCGCGUGAGCGUGAACGUGGAUUGCCCCUUGUUGAGCUGAGCAAGCGGAAUAGCAGAGAUGAUAGAGACGACAUGUCCAUACACGCCACGCCGCCGCGCCGAUAUGGAACCAGAGACAUGGACCUCCGCCGCCGCCGUGUUGACGGCCUGGCACUGGAUCGGACGCACACUAUGGGUCGUGUAGUCAGUGUUGCAUCGUCUGUGUUUGUCCUCGGCUCCGGUCCUCAACGGCGCAAUUCCGUCUCUACGAACAUCUCUCAGCAUCGAGAAUCUGAAAUGAAGGACAUGCUGGCUCUGUCGAAGCACGCGACUUUGGGUCGCAACUCGGAUUUUUCUAAUUUGACAAGGGAAGAUCGAGAGAAGUUGGGCGGUAUUGAGUACCGAAGUUUAAAGCUACUCGUCAAGGUUGUGUUCGGAUAUUUCUUCGGCCUCCAUAUUUUUGGAGCGAUUUGCCUUGUCGUCUGGAUUCAGUAUUGUGACCCGAAAUACAGGGAUGUUCUUGAACAGUCUGCCCAGAAUGGGAUUUGGUGGGCAUUUUACUCGGCGCAGACCAUGAUCGACAAUUUAGGCUUUACGUUUACCCCGGACUCGAUGAUUUCGUUCCGAGACGCCCAAUGGCCUAUGUUCAUCAUGAGCUUCCUAGCCUUCGCUGGCAACACCUUGUACCCCGUCAUGCUGCGUCUUAUUAUCUGGACCAUGUAUAUCCUUGCGCCAUCUAAGUCGUCGAUUCGUGAACCGCUGUCAUUUCUUCUCAACCAUCCCCGAAGGUGUUACACGCUGCUUUUCCCUAGCCGUCCCACUUGGAUCCUCUUUGGGAUUAUCUUCACCCUUAACUUCAUUGACACCUUGCUGAUUAUAGUACUUGACCUGGACAAUCCAGAGGUGGCGUCACUGCCGCUGGGCCCACGAAUACUUGCUGCCAUUUUUCAGGCCGCUUCGUCACGCCAUACUGGCACAGCAACCUUCAACCUUGCCAAUGUGAAUCCGGGUGUACAAUUCAGCUUACUUGUCAUGAUGUAUAUUGCAAUCUACCCAAUUGCCAUUAGCAUUCGAGCAUCAAACACCUAUGAGGAGAGAUCACUUGGUGUUUACGAGGAAGAGGGCAGACUGAACGAGAACAAUGGUAAAGAUUACAUCCUCACGCAUAUGCGGAACCAACUUAGUUUCGAUCUGUGGUUCAUCUUCCUCGGCGUUUUUUGUAUUUGCAUUGCUGAGGCGAGAAGAAUCGUUGAUGAUUCUAUUCCGGCGUUCACCGUUUGGACGGUCUUGUUUGAAGUUACAUCAGCUUACGGCAAUGUUGGUUUGAGUCUUGGUUAUCCGACAGUCGCUACAUCGCUGAGCGGUCUCUUUGGUACCUUUAGCAAGCUCGUCAUUUGCGCCAUGAUGAUCCGCGGGCGACAUCGCGGUCUACCAUAUGCCCUCGACCGGGCAAUUGUCCUUCCGGACGAAGGUGCCUUGGUUGAAGAUGCCGAAGAUGAUAACAACAAACAGAAACAAUGA